CGGGGCUUUUAUUUUGAAGGUCCGAUUUAACUUCCGAAAACCCUUUAUGUCACCGUCACACACUCAGCCUCCGACCCAUCUCUGUAGAAAGGCAAAUGCAUUAGAGACUGAAUGUGUUGUAGGCGUUAUUAGAGGGGUUUUGUUUCUGCUUUAAGGUCUGGAUUAGCAGUUCUGACAAUGGGAGCCAUCAUUUCACGGUGGAAGACUAAGCCUUCCACUGUGGAGCUUCUGGAGUCACUGGAUAAGGACAUAAAGGACCUUGAGGAGUUUCGUACAAAGAACCAGCGCUUGCUGAAGUUGUGGGUGGGCCGGCUUCUCUUCUACUCAUCUGCUCUGUACCUGAUCACAUGUCUGUGUGUGUAUUACCUGUACUUCCCUGAGCAGUGGAGCGCUCGCAUCAUCACCGCCCUGCCUCUGCUGGCCUUUCCAGCACUAGUGUUACUACUACGAAAACUGCUAAUCUUCCUUUUCUCCAAACGCACAGAGAGAAACAAUGAAAAAUUAGACGAUUUAAAAACACAAAAACGGAAAAUACUUGAGGAGGUGAUGGAAACGGAGACCUACAAAAAUGCUAAACUCAUAUUGGAGAGAUUCGAUCCAGAAUCUAAGAAGAAAGCAGAAGCAGAAGCCACUCCAGUCAGACCCCACAUGACCCCUAGACCAGGACAAGACCUACGGCAGCGGCAUGUUGCCUUGGCUACUCCUGGGCUUGUACCCGGUCCCAUGACCCCAGGAGGCACACCCCUUCGUACUGCCCCAGGAGGACCUCCAGAGAAAGGGCUUGCCGGGUCUGUAGCCAGUCCGAGCCAGGCAGAAACACCACAACAUAUGAUGAGAAGAAGCAUGAAUCCUUAUUCACCAGGACCUGAAUCAGGCAUGCGUCCCCCUGGGCCACCUCUCGCUCGACCCAUUCUUCCACGAGAGCGUAGCGCUGUGGACAGAGUCAUUGAGUAUUUGGUGGGAGAUGGACCUCAGAACAGAUAUGCAUUGAUUUGCCAGCAGUGUUUUUCCCACAAUGGUAUGGCUUUGAAGGAGGAAUUUGAGUAUGUAGCAUUCCGUUGUGCUUAUUGCUACUUCAUGAACCCGGCAAGAAAGACACGCCCCCAGGCACCCAGACUCCCAGAGUUCAGUUUUGAGCGCAGACUUCGCUCUGAAUCUCCUGAAACACAAUCUUCUGCCGCCACCGAGACACCAGAGGACAGUGACGCCCCUGAAGACCGUAUUGUGUCGGCCCGCUCCACUCGGGUUUCACACUCUGGCACCCCCUGGAGUAAAGUUCAUAGUUUCAAGAGAAUUCACUCAGAUGAUGUGGAAAGACCUACAUCUGCUGACCCUCAGGACGCGGCCGCUGAAGAUCCGCCUGUCGCACACGAAACCGAAACCGAGGCCGAGGUGUCAGAGCCUCGACAUACCCCGUCCCCCUCAAAGGAUGUCCAACAGGAAGAAGCUGAAGCUCAGGGGGAACAGCAGAAAGAGGAUGAAUCAAACUAAACUAUGUUUGAAUGUUUAUGAUCAAUGCUGUUUUGGUUUUUGGCAUGUUUGGUUUUAACUUCUCUCUUCAGCAUGUUCAUUUAGUACAUCUUCAGUAAUUCUGAAGGCUGUUAGGAGUUUUUACUGCUAUUUUAUUUAUAUAUGCACUACAUCAUUCACAUAUAGUGGGCUUAAUAUCAUAUCACAUUACAAUUUCUAAUACUAAUGGUGUAUUGCGGCCCAUAGUGGUGAUGUCACCCAGUACAAUAUCUGUGCAUGGUUUGUUUAUGAGGGUGAUAUAACAGAACAAACUGCAGUUGCUAAAGUCAGAAUAAUUUUACAGUGUUAACAUUCAAUAUUGCAUAGUACAUUAGGACAAAAACAUGUAGCACAGAAUGUUUAGCUAUCAUAGCUAUGAGUUUAGCUAUCAGUGUGUUUACAGAAUUAUUUGAAACCUGCAAAGUGAAAGCUGAACAAAAACACCCAAAAGUGUUGUUCUAGGGGAGUGAUGUUUUAUUUAUUUUAUUUUUUUUUUGGCCAAAUGCACUAUUUUGAUUCUUAAAUAUUUAUUUAUUUUGUUUUGAAUUGUUUUAAUUGCUUGUGUUUUUCUGGUCAAUGGUUUAUUUGCUUAUUUGUGUAUAAUUCAUCUGUUUUGUGCCUUUCUGGUUAAGAAUAUGUGACUUACUGCACAGUUUACAAGCAAAAUCUGUCAAAAUACUUGGUGUCCAUACAUAGGAUGUUUUCUGCAUUGAUGUUUACGCUUUUCAAGUCAAAUGAUGCCAGAAAUGAGUGGAAUUUAUUCAUAAAUAAUGAUAAUUUGUUAGUUCAUCAAGUAUUGUUCCUCUGUAUUCUGCAUUAGUUAACUUAUUUCAUUUUCGUAUUCAUGGUGAAUUGAUUAUCUCAACAGUAAACACAUAAAAUGUAUGUGCUUUGAAACUGCAAUUAUCGGUUUUUCUUGUUUGUCAGUACCUGCACAUGUCUGCUGCUUUUACAGACUCUACAUGCCAAUAAAUGUUCCUUUUCUAAA